AUGACGAACUUCUUAGUGCUCUUAACAUUUCUACUUUCUCUAGCUCUCUUCCUCAAUUUUCAGUUAGCUCAGUCUCAAUCUUCUUUUCAUCACAGUAAUAAAAUUUUUAAUGUUUUUGAUUAUGGAGCAAUCGGUGAUGGAAAUUCCGACGAUACAAAGGCAUUCAAGAAUGCAUGGGAAGACACAUGCAAUUACAUUGGAUCCAAUUCAACCAUGCAUAUUCCUCAAGGAAGAACAUUUCUUCUUCAGCCAAUUGAAUUUCGUGGCCCUUGUAAAUCCAAGAACAUCGUUUUCUCGAUCCGUGGAAAUUUAACUGCUCCUGAAGGUCCAGAUCAAUGGAAAUGCAAUGGAGAUCGUUGUCAUCAGUGGAUCGAAUUUGCGCAUAUAAAUGGACUUUAUAUCGAUGGCCAUGGUUUAUAGGCAUGUCUUGGAAGACCACGGGGUGUGAUUAUAUCACAUUCGAGUAAUGUGCAUAUAAGCAACAUUAUGGUUAAGGACAGUCCAAAUUUUCAAUUAUCGUUGGAAGAUUCGACAUUGGUUUUCGCUAAACAACUCACCAUAAUCGCCGAUGGUGAUAGCCCUAACACUGACGGCAUGCACAUUCAACGCUCUCAGAAUGUUAUCGUCUACAAUAGUAAUAUCAGUACAGGUGAUGAUUGUAUAUCUAUUGGUGACGGUUCACGGGAUAUUAGCAUAUCAGAAAUCUCAUGUGGUCCGGGCCAUGGAAUAAGCAUUGGAAGCUUAGGUCGAAAUGGGGAAAAAGGAACGGUGGAAAAUGUCCUCGUUCGAAAUUGUACUUUUAGAAAAACAGAUAAUGGAGUUAGAAUCAAGACAUGGCAGACAAAUGCUGUGGAGAUCAAGAAUGUAUUGUAUAAUCACAUACAUGGAACAUCAAUUAGGAAACCCUUUGUGAAACUCCUAUGCAGCAAAUCAGUUCCAUGUACAGGUAUUUUCAUGAGCAAUAUUAACAUUCAGGACGAAGAGGAAGAAGAAGAAAUGGAAUAUCAUCAUAAAUCUCGUCAUGAUGAUCAUCCACCUGCUGAAUGUAUCAAUGUUAGAGGAUUUUCUAAUGGUGUGGUAAAGCCUAAACUAGCUUGUUUGGUUUCCAGAAGACAUUAA